ACCAGCAUUGCACUGGCUGUAGCGCUUCUUGCCGAGAUCUGUAGAGGAAAACAGCAGACAGAAAACGUCCCGGGGCGACCUUACCAAGAAAGGAAUAUAUGCAGGGUUGGUUUAAAGUGAACACGAAAAAAAGCAGGAAAGCUGAAUUUGAUGCAUCAGCUUGGGAACUUCGCCCUCACUAUGAGGGAUCUGAGCUGAUGCAGGGACACGAGUUAUUUUAAAUUAAUGUAUUAUACUGCAGCUUUGUAAGCAAUUAUAUUUUAUUUCGGGUUCCAGGGCAUUCGCUAAGUGGUACCAAUUUUAAUUGGAGAACUGGUGGCAGCAUAAUAUUCGUAAAUACAGCAUGGUUUCGAUAUUAAAUAAAAAAAUCCCAGCACUGUUUCUUGCGUGGAGCUGCUGUGUCCUGGCCGAAACAGUCUUCAUGAACUUCACUUUAGACAAUGAAGUGCACUCGAGUUUCAUCCACCGACGCUUGAAGAGCCAGGAGCGCCGGGAGAUGCAGCGUGAGAUCCUCUCCAUACUGGGGCUGCCGCACCGACCACGGCCUCACCUUCACGGCAAGAACAAUGCAGCACCGAUGUUCAUGCUGGACCUGUACAAUGCCAUGUCCACGGAAGGAGGCGAGGACGGCUACUCAUACCCUUACAAACCUGUCUUCACAACCCAAGGGCCACCUGUCGCGACGCUGCAGGACAGCAACUUCCUUAACGAUGCCGAUAUGGUCAUGAGCUUCGUCAACUUAGUGGAGCAUGACCGCGAGUUCCUGCCUGUGCGGCGGCAUCACCGUGAUUUCCGCUUCGACCUGUCACGGAUCCCUGAGGGUGAGGCCGUCACUGCCGCAGAGUUCCGCAUCUACAAGGACUUUGUGCACGAGCGCUUCGAGAACGAGACCUUCCGUGUCCGUGUUUACCAGGUGCUGGAGGAACAUUCAGACAGGGAAUCAGACUUGUUUCUCCUGGACUCGCGCGUCAUGUGGGCAGCAGAGGAAGGCUGGCUGGUGUUUGACAUCACCGCCACCAGCAAUCACUGGGUUCUCAACCCGGGUCGGAACCUUGGACUGCAGCUUUCAUUGGAGAGUGUAGACGGUCAGAGUGUGAACCCCCGAGUAGCAGGGCUCAUUGGCCGCAGUGGCCCCCAGAGCAAGCAGCCUUUCAUGGUGGCCUUCUUCAAAGCUACUGAGGUGCACAUCCGCAGCAUCCGCUCUGCUACCAACAAGCAGCGAAACCCCAACCGCACGAAGAACUCCAAAGGCCAGGAGGCACUCAGGGUCGCCAACCUGGCAGAGAAUAGCAGUGCUGAUCAGAAACAGGCCUGCAAGAAACAUGAACUCUACGUCAGCUUCAGAGAUCUGGGGUGGCAGGACUGGAUUAUUGCACCAGAGGGUUAUGCUGCUUACUACUGCGAGGGGGAAUGUGCCUUUCCUCUCAACUCCUACAUGAAUGCCACCAAUCACGCCAUUGUGCAGACACUGGUCCACUUCAUAAAUCCGGAGACUGUACCCAAGCCUUGCUGUGCUCCUACUCAGCUCCAUGCCAUCUCUGUACUCUACUUUGACGACAGCUCUAACGUCAUCCUGAAGAAAUACCGCAACAUGGUGGUGCGGGCCUGCGGCUGCCAUUGACCCCCCCCCCCCCUCCACCCGCAGAGCACACUUCUUUAGAAGGUUGGGCUGGCAGAGAGGUAAAGGAAAUGGACGCCUUCACACACGCAAGUCUCGACGACUCUCAUCUACCUGCCAGGCUGUCCAGCUAAUCUGCCUCCCUUUUUGUUCUCACAAACCAACACGGUCACAAGAACACAUUUCCAUCCUUUUUUUUUUUUUUUUUUUUUUUUUACAUCCUACACAUUUUGAAAGAAAGUCCCCCUAUGGAUAGCAGAGACCAUCGCAUCGUGUCACCCCAAAGAGAAACUGGAUUCAUUUGGGCCAAAGGAUGCUAACCGAUAUGCGCUGAAAGACCUGCGCAAGGAAGCCUUCUCACGACGACGCUUAAGAUGGAAUUCACUUACACGCAACCCUGUGUGGAUGCUAUGGAUGAAUGUGCUACCUGCCUAUUAGGAGACAGAGACAUACCUAGUGGGAGAGUCUAUGUGUCACCUUGUUGAUUGACCCAUUGCUGGAGGAGAUGAUAAGAAUCAGAAACAUAUCGGAAUUGUUUAUGGUCCCAGUGCCAGACACGAAGUAGAGGACAGAAAUCACAAGGCAUACAGGAGAAAGCGGGAUACACGUCUCUUUAUGUUGAAUUUACUGUUUUUCCAUUUCAUUUCUAUUUCAGUCAUCCAGCUGAAGUUUCCAUGCUUAAAAUACACAUGAAAGUCUUUCGCCCUCCUCCACUCCAUACCUCCAGAUAUAUUGAGACACGAAUCGAAGUCAUACUCUUUCUCCCUGUGCUUUCUACUGUGUACGAAAUGUUUAAAGACAUGAUUGUAUAAUGAUAGACAGCCAUGAGACUCUUGUUUUGGUCAGCAUUUUUCUGUUACCUUAGUGUGUUUUUUUUCCUGAUUUCAGUGACUAAAAGGCCAGGUGGAACAGUAGUUUAACCUCUUGUACAAUAUUUUGUAAAUAGUUCUUAAAUACAGAGAAAAUGUAUUUAUUUGCAGAUCAAGACAUGAAGGGGAAGGUAAUAUCAUCGGCAUUACACUUCGUACUGAAAUGUUUGUUUUCCUGUGUUUUAUUUUAAUUUUUUUUAAACAUAUCCAGUUCAUGUAGUGCUGAUACACUUAUUUAAUCAAAAUGGUUUAUGCUUCCUAGGACAAUGGCUAAUAAAAAUAGUGUUGCAACAUAUUGUGUGUCACAUACAGCUUACCACUUGGUGUCAGUUUGCAUUCUGUGAACAUUUACCAAAAAAAAAAAAGAAAAAUGAUUAAAACCAAUGGUUUUGUUAUGGGUCUUGGUUUUUAAAACAGCGAUGAUGUUGUGGGAUUCUCUGCAACUUUAAAUAUCAGAUUAUCUGAAAUUGCUCUGAAGUAGGAAGCUUGGGGUUGACUUUGAGGAAGUGAUGAAGUCUUAGUUAUGUCUUGAGAUUGUAAUGACUAAUAGCAUUUCAGUAUUUGCAAAAAAAAAAAAACCCUUUCAGACUUAAAGAAAACUGGAAAUGGAACAAUUCAGAUUUUUGUCAAAACCAGUAGUUUCCGAUAUUUAUGUCAGGUCAUUUCAGGAUUUUAUUUUCGCUCUGCUGUAAAGAUCCCACUUAUCCUAUUGAAGAGAAAUAUUUAUUGAGACCAUGUUAUGAGUGUAACAUUCCAAACGCUUGUCUUCCUUCAACAUUUUAGUGCAAGAGGUACUUCAAUAAAUAAGGAUGAAACA